AUGGACAGGCUGGCCUUCUGCUGCCUGAUUUUCAUAGGAUUCCUGAAUCCACUUCUGUCUCUUCCGGUCACUGACUCUGGGGAAGCGACUCUUCAGCUCUCAGCACUCGAAGAAGAUGCUCGUCUGGCUCUGGAGGAGUUAGAGAGGGCCUCCCUCCUGCAGGCACUGCGGCAGGCAGUGGGCACACGGGCAGGCGAAGGCCUCAGGGAGGCAGAUACUAGUACUGAUGUUCCUAACCCAAGGGGAAGCUUGAGAAAGGCUUUCUCUGGACAGGAUUCUAACACUGUAUUGAGUCGUCUUUUGGCCAGAACCAGAAAACAACGUAAGCAACACGGGGCUGCAUCAGAGUGCUUCUGGAAAUACUGUAUUUGAAGAGAGAUGCACAUCCAUGUGUCUCUCAG